UAGACUUGCAUUGAUAUUAUUUUGAAAUAUAAUUUAUACAUAUAUAAUUAAUUUAUUAUAUAUAGACUAUCCCGAAAUGAUAGCGGUAUCGAAAUAUUUUAUUCCAGUGUCUUAACCAAAUUGGCCACCUAAAUAGUAUUCAAAACACUAAUUAUUAAUGAAGGACUGUAGAUAUAUAAUUAUCAUAUGAUUCGGAUGGAUGAGAGAGAAAGCUUGUCAAACAACCCAGGUCGGACUGCAGGUGAUUAUCAUAUGAUUCAGAUUGAUGAGGGAGAAAGCUUGUCAAACAACCCAGGUCGGACUACAUGUGGUUAUCAUAUGAUUCAGAUUGAUGAGGGAGAAAGCUUGUCAAACAACCCAGGAAUGAUCAAUGAGUAUGCGGCCAAUGCUGUGCGAGGUGGUAAUUGGAAUGCUAUGAGAGACAUACUCCACCCCGAUGCUUUGACAGCAAGUAUCACCGCACCUUUUGACAAGACGAUUCUUCACGUUGUUAUUGCUGCUCAGUAGGAACAUAUAGUGCAGGAGUUGGUGAAUAUGAUGUCGGAACCUGCCUUGGAAAGAACGGAUAAUAACGGUAUUACAGCUCUUCAUGAGACAACAUUUCGAGGUAAUUACAAGAUGGCAAAAUGCCUGAUUAGAAAGAACCGACGCUUGGUCCACAUCAGCUCACCUGGUUUUACAGAACUUCCAGUUGUUAUGGCUAUGAUGUUUGGGCAUAAAGAAUUGGCUCACUAUCUCUAUGAACUGAUUGUGUUGCAAGAUCUUGAGGUAGAACAAGGUGACCAGGGUUCUGCACUUCUUACCUAUGCUAUCUAUGCCAGAGAAUUAGAGCAAACGCGGCAAAAUCAGCGUGAGACUAGCACUGAAUACCGCUUCAACCUCCAUCGCCGAAUGCACAACUCCGUUUACUGCCGAUUUACUCACCAAGAAGAGAGUCGCGCCAACUGCUGUAGAUUGAUGUCAUCAGAUCAAUCUUACCGCCGCAAAAGAAAGAGAUUAGCUCGCGAGCUGAUGUUCAUCGCGGCUUUGGGCAAAAUCUUCCCGGCGAGUUCUUAACUGCAGAGGUGGAUUUCCGCGGUGCAUCAUCUGCCAGUUUCAACGAUGGUAUGAUUCCCAAACCCACCUUGGUGUUUUCAAUUAUCCCAGUAAUCGAUUUUGUUUGGGGUAAUUUUCUAUUUGGUUUGGGGACCCAAUAGGGAUGAAAAUUUAACCUCGAAAUAUAGUUGUGGCUAACUUGAUUAUCUACUAGAUUUGAUCUUAUAAAUCUAGAUGACCAUUGAAAACUCAUAAUGGAAGAUCUAGGGCCAACA